AGAGGGAUUUUUUUUUUGGGGGGGGGGGGUUUCCAGUUAGAGAAAAAGAAGAAGAAGAAGAGCUGCUUUCUUUUCCCGUCGUUCCGUGCGGCGGUUGCGUCAUCAUGAGGAACGUUCACCUGGACAACAGGAGCUGCAGCGACGGUGCUGGUAUCAGACUGUGGUGUGGUUCUCAGUCUACAGUGUGUCUGCUCUCUGCGGACCGACCUCUGACCUGUGGCUCCUUCACAAACCUGAGCAGCAACACACAAGGAGUUCUGACCGGUCGGACCUAUAACCUGUGGCUGGGUCUCACUCUGGCCCUGAUGUCCGCCUUCCUGAUUGGUGGAAGUGUCAUUCUCAAGAAGAAAGCCCUCCUCCGGUUGGCCAGAAAUGGCCAGGUCCGAGCAGGUGAUGGAGGUCACGGCUACCUGAAGGACUGGCUGUGGUGGGGCGGCCUGUUAACCAUGGGGGUGGGGGAAGCCUGUAAUUUUGCUGCCUACAUGUUCUCUCCGGCCACACUGGUGACUCCUCUGGGUGCUCUAAGUGUCCUCAUCAGUGCAGUUCUGUCCUCCUACCUGUUGGGGGAGAUAUUGAACGUGGUGGGGAAGCUGGGCUGCAUGCUCUGUGUGCUGGGAAGCAUCCUAUUGGUUAUCCACGCCCCCCAAGAACAGGAAGUGACAUCGCUAGAGGACAUGACCAAUAAGCUUUUGGAGCCUGGAUUCCUGGUGUACGCCUCGGCAGUCCUGCUCCUGUGUGCCGUCCUGGUUCUGUACUGUUCUCCUCGGUUCGGACACUCUAACAUCCUGGUCUAUAUCAGCGUCUGCUCUCUGCUCGGUGCCUUCACGGUGUCCUCGGUGAAGGGACUCGCCAUCGUCAUCCACACAGUGUUGUUUGAUGUUUAUGUUCUUGCUCGCCCGCUCACCUGGAUCUUGCUGCUCACGCUCAUCAUUUCCGUGGUAACACAGGUGAAUUACCUGAACAAGUCUCUGGACACCUUCAACACCCUGCUGGUCUACCCGAUUUACUAUGUCUUCUUCACCUCCGUGGUGCUCUCCACCUCCAUCAUCCUUUUCCAGGAGUGGAGGAGCAUGGCGGCCAUUGACAUUGUCACCACCUUGGGGGCCUUCCUGGUAAUUGUAGUGGGUGUGGCCAUGCUGCACCUCUUCAGAGAGCUGCAGAUGACCAUGACACAACUGACCAAUCAGCUGUCCCAGCCAGUGGAGAGGGAGGAGCUUGCAGCAGAAGUUUCUCCUGAUGGCCAAUCUUCAGCAGUCACCACAGCAAGGAGGAGGAGCCAAAAGGAGGACAAAUACAGACUGAUAGACAACAUGGUGAUUGACAGUCUGCCUCCCAUGAGGGAGGAGGGGCCUCGAGUCUUCAUCAUCAGCUGAAGGACAAAAGUGGGAGGAGCCACAGGUUUGAGUCUCAGUGUAGGUUUUCAAAAUCAGACAAACCCUCAAGAUGCAAAUGAGAAACAGAAAAAUAACCCACCGAGUCCACGUUAACCCUAUUUUACAGUUCUUCACUCAGCAAGAAGAUAAACGUGUAGAAACGUGAGCGCAGUCGAGGAAAAAGGAUUUUCUGUGAGAAAAUCAACAUGCAGGGAAUUAAAAUUAGCGCUCGGAACAAAUGUUAGCUCUAUUUUCCAAUAAAUUUAAAUAGUUUCAGUCGAUUAAAGAGUUGAUUGACAGGUUUUAUUCAGUGUGGUUGAAGUAUUGCUUUGACAGCGUGAAUUCAUGUGUCAUUAGAGGGGAAGCUUGAAUCUGAGUGCAGAAGUCAGAUCUCAGAAAGGGUUUAUUCUGUGUUUCACUGGACGCGUGAAGCAGAUACGUUCUCCAGAGCUGCACGGAAUCAAAGCGUCUCUCGCUCUCAGUGAUCACAUUCAUGAAGCUCCGUGAAUUUAAUAAUAUAAAGAGUUUAACAGAAGUAUGUCCAGUUACUUUUGGUCCUGAUAAAAUCUGAGGCUGCAUUCUUAAGUGUCAUAAUUCAAAGACAUCUCAGUUUAAAACCAGCAUUCUGCACGACAGACUUAUUUUCACUGCUCAGAUUUAAUGUUAAUAUUCUGUAAAUUUGCUGCUAAAAUAACAACACACCACCACCACCCCAUCCAUGUCCAAAUAUUUAUGGCCCUGUGUGGAUUUUUACUGUGAAUUUUUGUGACUGAUAAGUUUGUUUGCUGCUGAUGACUGAAGUUUAUGAAGCACAAACACGUUUAAAUAUUGUUUUAAUCUUUUCCGUCACACUGCAGUGUUUUAUUUUUUGUGUUUAAAGGUUUGUUCCAUCCUGGAUAUUUUCCACAGUUUAUGAACACAAACUCAAUCAUUUCAAUCUUGUGUUUUUGCAGAAAAACGUUAUUAUUGAAAUUCACUUUAAAUGUUAACUGAUAAUUUGUGUUGAAAUGUCAAAAAUCAGUGUGUUUGUGGGUUUGUACGAACUUCUUUUUUUGUCUCUGCAGUUGUUCAUUUUCACUCUAAUCUGACUUCAGAUCUGAGCUGAAGAAGGAACCACUUCCCUCCAGUGUUUCAGAACAGGAACUGUGUGGUUCCUGCACAGUUCCCCACUCACUGUUACAACCUGAAGGUUCUAAAAAAAAAAAACCAAACACUUCACAAACAUAUCAGACCAGUUACUGAGCAGGUUUUAAAUCAUUUCUUUAUCAUUUCACUGAAUGAAGAACAUUUCAGUAAAACAAAAUCAGUUUGUUUGUUUUUAAGGACAUUUAUUUAUUUAUGGUUUUGUCUGAUUAUAUAUUUUGAUUUUUAUUGUAGAAUAGUUGUAAUUAUCUCUGAUAUACUAGUUGAUUCUUGAAUUAAAUGUAAUGAUCAAAAUCUG